AUGCUGCCACUUCCAAAGCCCGAAGACUACAAUGUCUCCCCGACCAAUGGCUUCCUGCCGAGCAAGGCCCCACUGGAGAGCCUCCCCAAUCCAUACUACCACCAAUGGGAGUACAUCAUGAAGAAUCUGCAGGGCUUGAUUCUGAGCAAGAGAUUGCACGAGGUGGUCGACGACCUGCCAGUCCUCUCGACCGAACACUUGGCCGAUGAUGCGGAAUGGCACAGGGCAUACAGCGUGCUUGCAUUCAUUGCACAUGCAUACAUCUGGGGAGGGAACAAGCCGAAGGAGCGCGUGCCGCCUUCCAUCACGAUUCCAUUCCUGGCGGCUUGUAAGCGUCUCCAGCUACCACCCGUCGCUACAUAUGCGGGCCUUGUGCUGUGGAAUUGGAAACCAAUCUUCCACUCGGAACCUUCCGAUACACUCGCGAAUCUAGACACCAUCGAUACAUUUACUGGGUCUAUGGACGAGAAGUGGUUCUAUCUCAUCAGCAUUGCCAUUGAGGCUCGGGCUGGCCCCGUUGUCCCUCUGAUGCUGCGUGCGAUGGAGGCUGCCGAAGAGAAUGACAAAGCAGCCGUCACGGAGUGCUUAAGAAGCUUUGCGGAGCGCCUCGAUGGGUUGAUCGCCAUGCUCGCUCGCAUGCAUGACAACUGCGAUCCCCAUGUCUUCUACAACCGCAUCCGACCUUUCCUGGCCGGCAGUAAGAAUAUGGCAGAGGCCGGCUUGCCAAAUGGCGUCAUCUUCGACGACGGCGGUCCAGUGAACAAGCAGCGUUACGUGCAAUUCAGCGGAGGCAGUAACGCGCAGUCCAGCAUCAUCCAGUUCUUCGACAUCGUCUUGGACGUCCGACAUCGUCCUACCGGAGCCAAGAAGGCACCGGACUCUCCACCGGACAGCAAGAAGUCCAAGGCACCGGACUCAAACUUCAUUCACGAAAUGCGCAAGUACAUGCCCGGACCCCACGCACGCUUCUUGGAGCAGGUCUCUCGCGUGGCCAACAUCCGGGCUUUUGUCGAGCAGCAUUACUACGACCGUGCUUUGACGCUGGCAUUCGAUGCCUGCCUGGCCAUGCUGAGUACAUUCCGAGACAAGCACAUUCAGAUUGUCAGCCGCUACAUCAUCGUGCAGAGCGCAGCGGCCAAGAAACGCGAGAGCGAGCAGAAGCCUUCCGGGGAGCAAUCGAAGAAGGUGAACCUGGCGCAUCGAUCCAAGCCGGUUUCCACAGACGGCAAGAACGAGGGCAAGGAGGACUUGACGGGUACGGGAGGUACUUCCUUGAUCCCCUUCCUGCGCCAAGCCCGUGACGAGACGGCUGAGCCUGCCAUCGACACGUGGACGCGACGUCUGCUGAGCAAGAAGAGCGGCGCCGUGCAUGGGUUCGAAGGCGAUGUCAAGCAGGGUCUUGCUGGGGUUUGGAAGGUGGAAGACGGCGGGGGUCUUUGCUUGGUUUAG